AUGCGUCCUUCAUUAUCAGCAGCGCACGCUGUGCGCGCUGUCCGCUCGACAUCCUCAUCUCGCCUGAACAUCGUUCGUCCCGCCCUCUCCGCCCUUCCUUCAUGCUCUGCGUCUUCCUCGGCCGUCACCCCCAGGCAGCAGUCCCAAGUCGCCGGACGUCGCACCUUCUUCUCGCUUCCGGACAUUAGCAAGCUGGCUGGACUCGUCCCGGGCCAGCAACCUAGUGGUGGCGUGCAGAAUGAUGGAGAGGAACAGCGGUUUCAGGCCAGAAAGGUUUUCCCCGUGACGCUUCCGCCCACUCUACCUCUCGACCUCAAGAUGAUCCCCGCCAUUCGGGGACAUUGCGUCACCUUCCCUUCCUGCUUUCUCGUCUGCUGCAAGCUGUCCUAUUCUGGAACUGGAGCCCAAGCUGACCCCAGGUACACCCCCGCGCAGCUGUACGAGCUAGUCUCCGACGUGCCAGCCUACGUGACGUUCAUCCCCUUCUGCACCGAGAGCACGGUGCUCACCAAGGACGGACGGCCGAACCACGCCUGGAAGCCGGGCCAGGACCCGUUUGAGGUCGAGGCGGAGCUGGCCGUGGGAUUCGGGGGACUGGAGGAGCGGUACAUUUCCAACGUUGUCGGUGUGCCCUUUGAGCGUGUCUCGGCCACAGCAUCCGAGACGACCCCUCUGUUCAAAAACCUCGUCACGACAUGGAGCUUCACGCCCGCCGGCCCCUCAUCUACCAUUCUCAGCAUCGACCUCGUGUUCGCGUUUGCGAACCCGCUGCACCGUAUUGCGUCUCAGGCUGUUCUGCCCAAGGUGGCGGAGAAGAUGGUCGAGGCGUUCGAGACGAGGGCGAACGAGGCCACCCUCGAGCUUCACCAGAUACUCUCAGCCCUCUCCUAG